CCUGUUCGCAGACAUUGUGGGUUUCACAGCCAUCUCGUCCACCUACACAGCUUCAGAACUGGUCAAGAUGCUCAACGAACUCUUCGCCAGAUUUGACGGCCUGGCAGAGAAAUACCACCAGUUGCGUAUCAAGAUCCUGGGUGACUGUUAUUACUGCGUGUCUGGCGCCCCUAGAGAGAGGAGCGACCACGCUGUCAACUGCGUCCAUAUGGGACUCUCUAUGAUAGAUGCUAUCAAGUACGUACGUGAGACGACGGGAUGCACGGUGGACAUGCGUGUUGGAAUCCAUACUGGAGCCGUGCUGGCAGGCGUGCUGGGACAGAGACAGUGGCAGUUUGAUGUAUACAGCAAAGAUGUCGUGUUAGCUAACAAGAUGGAGAGUAGUGGGAAGCCUGGGCGUGUACACAUCAGCAACAAAACUCUGGAGUACAUCGGUGGAGAGUUCGAAGUUGAGCCCGCGUACGGUGAGCGCCGUGAGGACGCUCUCAGAGCUGCUGGUCUCAAGACUUACUUUAUCUCCAAGGUCCUCCGCCCGUACAAGCCACGACCGUCACUGCAGAUGAUCAGGAAUGGUACUAAGAGUUCUUCGUCACAACCUUCACGAGAGCUGCCUUCAGAGAACACCAUGGCCUCCAGGGACUCCACGACACUGUCGACGGCAGAUGAAGCAAGGAUCCUGAAGGCGCUGCAAGAAGGUGGUCGACCUGACGCUUCCUUCAAGUCGAAGCUCAAGAAAGAACUGGUCAAUCGUGAUGGAAGACAAGACCUGUUGAGCCAGACGACGUGUCUCACGCUGAGCUUCAGAGAUGCCAAGACCGAACACGCUUACAGACACCACCGUGAAACCUUCAGUGGUGCCGCCACCACUGCUGCACCACUGGUUAUCACACUGAUAGCUAUCGCUAGAUUCCUCCUUAUGCCAAGAACAAAUGUACACAUGAGCUCAUGUACACCAUGCACGCAAGAAAUGAGCAUUAAUCAUCGUGUGUGUGAUUGGCUGGUGUGGACCAGUGACCAGGUACACCGGGUGGUGGGGCUGCGCAUCACGUGGUUCAUCUCCCUCAUUAUCUUCGCAGCAGCCGCCAACACUGCAGACAUGUAUUUGUGUGACAAAUCAUUCUUCAGCUUCCUAGGAAACAACAUCUCUCAACCAACAGUUUUGCCAGCCAUGAUCAACGACUCGGUUGUUAGUGACGCAGUAGUCAGUGACUUAAUUGUCAGCAACCCAGUUGUCAGUGACUUAGUCAUAAGCGACCUCAUCAGCGACAACAGGAGUAGCCAGGGAGUGAACGAUCCCCCACAGAUACUCCUAACAUUUGAGAACGACACAGUACCCACUCAAGAAGACCUCAUGUGUCCUCACCCUGCCUACUAUUCGUACUUCACUCUCCUCAUUCUGGUGGCUGCUUCCCUCCUAGCUCAGGUGAGCUUCAUGAUCAAGAGUGCUGUGAUGGUUGGCAUUGUGGCCGUUCAGUGUACCAUGAACCUGAUUGUCAUGAGGGCCAGACUCCAUUCUGCUGCUGAGGACCAACAUCACAUCAUUGUGUCGCUGCAGACAGAGAAAACAUCCCGUCUGCUGUACCUGUGGCGUCGGGAAGUGGAGGAGCAGAGAGAGCGGGCAGCAGACAUCCGGCAGAGGAACGAGGCUCUAGUCUACAACAUCCUGCCCCAGCACGUAGCUACACACUUCAUGGGCAUCAGGAGGAAGAAACACGAGGAACUCUACUCUCAGAGCUACGAUGAGAUCGGUGUUCUCUUCGCCUCAAUGCCCAACUUCGGAGACUUCUACUCUGAGGAGUCAGUCAACAACCAGGGCUUGGAAUGCUUGCGUUUUCUCAACGAAGUUAUUUCUGACUUUGACCAGUUGUUGGAACUAGCGCAGUUCCACGAUAUCAUCAAGAUAAAGACGAUUGGUUCCACGUACAUGGCAGCCAGUGGACUCAACCCCUCCAGACAAGUGAAGGAAGACGAUCCAGUAAAAGUUCGCUGGGCACACUUGGCUCUGCUUGUGGACUUUGCAUUUGAGUUAGUGAGAGCUUUACAGUCUAUCAACGAGCAGUCUUUCAACCACUUUGUACUUCGAAUGGGAAUCAACCAUGGACCCAUCACAGCGGGGGUGAUUGGUGCUCGCAAACCUCACUACGAUAUCUGGGGAAACACUGUCAAUGUAGCGUCCAGGAUGGAGUCCACGGGCAAGGCUGGCUGCAUACAGGUGACAGAGGAGACCACAAAAAUACUGCAGAACUUCGGCUAUGUGUUUGAGCAGCGAGGACUGAUAGCAGUGAAGGGUAAAGGAGAACUGAUGACCUACUACCUCGUGGGCAAAGCUGCGACUCCCCAGCAAGUGAAUGGUCAAUCUCUGGACUACUCCAAGACAGAAGCCCAGACCAAUACUUGAGUCUCUCCUGCAGACCUUAUAGCCUUUAGGAGAUAGAGGAAAACCUUUAUAUUUCCAUAAAAAAUCAGCAGCCACUCUCAUCUGAAAAAAAGAUACUUCUAUCUUUAGAUAUAUUCUCUAUUUUAGAUGCGAUUCUCACGAUACAGUGAUAAAGCUACUUUUGUAUACCAAGAAUAACUCCAUCACUUGUAGGUGUAGUUUUAAUAACGGACUUGAUUGUAGUUCUUGUGUGAAGAUAAACUUACUGGGGGAGUGUAUUCCCUCAUUGAUUUAUAUCGCCAUUCAUGGGAUACCUCAUGGUAAUAGUCAUGGGGAUACCUCAUUAUAAUGGUCAUGAGGAAACCUCGUGGUAAUAGUCAUGGGGAUACAUCAUGGUAAUAGUCAUGGGGGAUACAUCUUGGUAGCAGUCAUGGGUAUACCUCGUGGUAACAGUCAUGGGGAUACCUCAUGGUAACAGUCAUGGGGAUACCUCAUGGUAGCAGUCACGGGGAUACUUCACGGUAACAGUCAUGGGGAUAUCUCAUGGUAACAGUCGUGGUGAUACCUUAUGGGAACAAUUAUGGGGAUACCUUAUGGUAACAUUCAUGGGGGAUACCUCAUGGUAAUAAUAAUGAGGAUACCUCAUAGUAACAGUCAUGGGGAUAUCUCAUGGUAACAGUCAUGGGGAUACCUCAUGGUAACAGUCAUGGGGAUACCUCAUGGUAACAGUCAUGGAGACACCUCAUGGUAACAGUCAUGGGGAUACCUCAUCGUAACAGUCAUGGGGAUACUGCUCUUUUAAAGACUGUAACUCUGACAGUGACACAGCCAUCAAGUGAAGGGGAGCCUUGGUGUCGGUGAAAGGUUCGUGAUCCAAGGCAUAGAAUCUGCCCGUUCCUUUACCCCAUUGUGGACCAUCAGUGGCAGGUGUGAACCCUACAUGUGUGACAGGUGUGAACCCUACAUGUGUGACAGGUGUGAACCCUACACAUGUGACAGGUGUGAACCCUACAUGUGUGACAGGUGUGAACCCUAUACGUGUGACAGGUGUGAGCCCUACAUGUGUGACAGAUGUGAACCCUACAUGUGUGGCAGGUGUGAACCCUACAUGUGUGGCAGGUGUGAAUCCUACAUGUGUGGCAGGUGUGAAUCCUACAUGUGUGGCAGGUGUGAAUCCUACAUGUGUGGCAGGUGUGAACCCUACACGUGGAAAGGGUAUUCACCAGACACAGCUCAUACCUGUGGAGGUAUGUCUCAUCUGUAAAUAAAGCCUCAGAUUUCUAGCCAUCCUCAUCCGUAGAGCUACUCCCUCAUCCGUAGAGAUACUCCCUCAUCCGUAGAGACAUUGCCUCAUCCGUAGAAACAUUCCCUCAUCCGUAGAGAUACUCCCUCACCCGUAGAGAUAUUCCCUCAUCCGUAGAAACAUUGCCUCAUCCGUAGAGACUUUCCCUCAUCCGUAGAAACAUUGUCUCAACCGUAAAGACAUUCCCUCAUCCGUAGAGACAUUCCCUCAUCCAUAGACACAUUACCUCAUCCAUAGAGACAUUCCCUCAUCUGUAGAGACAUUGCCUCAUCCAUAGAGACAUUCCCUCACCCGUAGAGACAUUCCCUCAUCCGUAGAGACAUUCCCUCAUUCAUAGAGACAUUCCCUCAUCCGUAGAGACAUUCCCUCAUCCGUAGAGACAUUCCCUCAUCCGUAGAGACAUUCCCUCAUCCGUAGAGACAGCAUGUCCUAACCUUUAGGAACGUUCCUAAUAUAGGAACUUUCUAUCAACUGUAGGAACAUUCGCCUGUAGGAACAGGUGAGUGUUCCUACACGAACAUUCUCUCACCCUACAGGAACAUUCUCUCACCUGUAGGAACAUUCUCUCACCUGUAGGAACAUUCUCUCACCCUACAGAAACAUUUUCUCACUUGUAGGAAAAUUCACUUGUAGGAACAUUCACCCGUAGCAACAUUCACCUACAACCAUCACCUCUACACAUCCGUCACGUGUAAAUAUAUCCCAGCCUAUAACACCACCUGUCUUACCACACAUACUGACAAUUAUACAUUUUAAGAAUUCUAUGUACGAAAAUUAUUUUCGGAAUUAUGUAUGUAUAUAUAUAUUAUAUAACUCGGAUUCAUUUUAUUUGAUUAUUAUAAUGUAAAUAAGAUUAUUUACAACCCAAAGGAGACAAAAUGAGGAAAUAAUUGACAAAUAUCUUUGUUAAGUAAUAAUUUUGCUCAAAAAGCACAUUAAUUGUUUUGUUCAUUGUGUGGAGAGAAAACUAAUAUAUUGCCUGUUUUAGGUGGGUAAAUAUUUGGAGAAGAAAUUAUGCAAACGUUAGUUUUAUCAUUGGUGAUUUUGUUAAUUUAUAUAUGUAUACAUAUAUUAUAAAUCUGCUAUUGUGUGUGUAUACUCACCUGUUUGUACUUAUCUGUUUGUGGUUGCAGGGGUCGAGUCAGUGUGUGUGUGUGUUACCAUGUUGUUCUACGCACAUGUCGAUUAGACACUAGGCCUUUUGUAUAUGCGUACAUGUACUCACCUAUUUGUACUCAUCUAUUUGUGGUUGCAGGGGUCGAUUCAUAGCUCCUGGCCCCGCCUCUUCACUGAUCGCUACUAGGUCUUCUCUCUCCCUGCUCCAUGAGCUUCAUUAAACCUCGUCUUAAAACUAUGUAUGGUUCCUGCCUCCACUGCAUCACUUUCUAGGCUAUUCUACUUCCUAACAACUCUAUGACUAAAGAAGUACUUCCUAACAUCUCUCUGACUCAUCUGAGUCUUCAACUUCCAAUUGUGACCCCUUGUUUCUGUGUCCCAUCUCUGGAACAUCCUGUCUCUGUCUAUCUUGUCAAUUCCUCGCAGUAUUUUGUAUGUCGUUAUGUCUCCCCUAACCCUCCUGUCCUCCAGUGUCGUCAGGCCGAUUUCCCUUAACCUUUCUUAGUAGGACAUUCCCCUGAUCUCUGGAACUAGCUUUGUUGCAAACCUUUGCACUUUCUCUAAUUUCUUGACGUGUUUAAAAAAACCAUACCACGGGCGGGAUUUGAACCCGCGGUCAGGGAGUCUCAAAAUUCCAGACCGCGGGUUCAAAUCCCGCCCGUGGUAUGGUUUGUUUGCAAUCGUGUCAUUACGAUUUCGUGAGUCAUGUUGACGUGUUUAAUCAGGUGUGGGUUCCAAACUGGUGGUGCAUACUCAGGUAUGGGCCUGACGUACGCGAUGUAUAGUCUUGAAUGUGUGUGUGUGUAUACUCACAUGUUUGUGGUUGCAGGGUCGAUUCACAGCUCCUGGCCCCGCCUCUUCGCUGGUAACUACUAGGUCCACUCUCCCUACUCCAAGUGUGAUUGAGUCUCAGCUCCUGGUUUUGCCUCUUGACACUUGCUGGAUUUACUCCUUAGCCUCAUGGCCCCUGUCAUGCCUAUUCUUAAAACUAUGUAUGGAACCUGCCUAAACUACUUCAUCCAGGUCAUUCCACUUCCUGACCACCUUCAGGCUGAUGAACUACUUCCUGACAGCCAUGUGAUUCAUCUGUAUAACUUCGAAUUGUGCUCUCAAAUAUCUAUUUUCCAAAUCUCAGUCCCUGUCCACCCUACCGUGUACUCUGAAUAUUUUUAAUGUUACCAUCGUGUCUCCCCUGGUUCUUCUAUCAUCGAAUGUCAUUACAUCCAAUUCUUUAGUCUCUCCACAUAGCUCAUACCCCUUUGUUCUCGGACUAGUCUCAUUGCAUACUUCUGCACUUAACACGCUUUAUCAAGUGCGAGUUCCAUGUUGAUGCUACACACUCACACACAUGUGUCCUAUAUACUGUAGGGCGUGAAAGACUCUUAGUUGAGACUCCUGAAAGUCAGAUUUGCCAAAUAAGUAUUUUCCAUGAAGGAUAUUUAGUUGGUGUGCCUCUGGCAACAUGCUGGGCACUAUGUUUACGCCCAAGGUCUUCCUCCUGAGAGAGGUUUGCAACCUCUCUUCUGAAUCUCUACUCAGUCUCCAGUCUUCUUACCCUUUCCCCACUUUUCAUAAACUUUCAUUUGCUGGUGUUGAAUUCCAGUAGCCACUUAUCUCUUCAGUCCCAGAGUUUGUCCAGAUCUAUUUGUAGCCUUUCCUUUUCCUCAUCGGUUUCUGUUUUCAUUAAUUUUACAUCAUCUACGAAAAGGGAUACAUUUGACUGACUACUCUCUCUUCUUUGGUGUGGUUGACAUAUUACAGAAAUAAUCCUGUCCCUGAUACAUAUCCUAGCAGAACCCCACUUGUUUACGUUAUCCCAUCCUGAGGUCGCUUUUCAGUCACUUGGAUUCCUUCCCAUAAGAUACACUAACCAACUGUAACAUAUUCAGUGGGGUAUGGUAGUUUAAUAUCUUUAUGCACCUCAUACCCAUCCUGUAGGUGGUAGUCAAAAGAUUUUACAGUUACAUAUUGUGUCCGGGGACUGGGCCACAAAAUUCUGACGGCCGAACGAGUUACAGUGGUAAUGAUAAGAUAAAAUUUUCUUCGGAUUUUUAACCCCGGAAGGUUAGCCACCCAGGAUAACCCAAGAAAGUCAGUGCGUCAUCGAGGACUGUCUAACUUAUUUCCAUUGGGGUCCUCAAUCUUGUCCCCCAGGAUGCGACCCACACCAGUCGACUAACACCCAGGUACCUAUUGGUUGCUAGGUGAACAGGACAACAGGUGUAAGGAAACGCAUCGAAAAAUUUCCACCCACCGGGAAUCGAACCCGGGCCCUCCGUAUAAAUAAUGAGUUAUUUAUACAGACAUGAAACAGGUCACACACACACACACACAGUGGGUGAAUGUAUCGAGUGGGGUUCGAUAAGGAUCAGUCCUAGGUCCAGUGCUGUUCCUAGUAUAUGUGAAUGACAUGAUAGAAAGGAUAGAUUCAGAGGUGUCCCUGUUCGCAGACGAUGUGAAACUAAUGAGGAGAAUAUAAGUGGGAGAGCAUCAGGUAAGCCUACAUGGGGAUUUGGACAGGCUGCAAGUCUGGUCCCACAAAUGGCUCCUGGAGUUUAACCACAACAAGUGCAAAGUCAUGAAGUUUGGGGAAAGACAAAGAAAACCGCAGACAGAAUACGGCCUAGCUGGUCCAAGGCUUCAAAACUCGCUUAAGGAAGAGGAUUUUGGGGUGAGCAUCAUACCGAGCACGUCUGAGGCGUGCAUCAACCAAAUAACGCCUGCAAUAUAUGGGUGCCUGGCAAACCUAGAAACAGCGUUAUGUAAGGAGUCAUGUAAGACAUUGUACGCGGUGAACGUUAGGCUCAUAUUGGAGUACUCAGCACCAGUAUGCCACCCACACCUGAUCAAGCACGUCAAGAAAUUAGAGAAAGUGCAAAGGUUUGGAACAAGACUAGUCCCAGAGCUAAAGGACAUGUCUUAUGAGGAGAGGUUAAAGGAAAUCAACCUGACGACACUGGAGGACAGGAAGGUUAGUGGAGGGGGUACAUGAUAACGACAUAUAAAAUACUGAGAGGACUUGACAAGGUGGAUAGGGACAGAAUGUUUCAAAGAUGGGUCUCGGUACCAAAGGAUCACAACUGGAAGUUAAAAACUCAGAUGAGUCACAAGGAUGUUAAAAAGUAUUUCUUCAGUCAUAGAGUUGUCAGAAAGUGGAACAAUCUGGAGAGUGAUAUAGUGGAGGCAGGAUCCAUACAUAGCUUUAAGAAGAGGUACAAUAAAACUCAUGGAGCAGGGAGAAAGUGGACCUAGUAAUGAUCAGCGAAGAGACUGGGUCAGCAGCUAUGACUCGACCCCUGCAACCACAAAUAGGUGAGUACUCUCUCUCUCAGCUAUCGCUUCCUCCCUCAUAAUUGUUGAGGUUCAAAGGUAGUGUUAACUCAUACACACAGGAUGCAGGACAAGCUUUCAUUAUCCUCAUCUUUCUCAUGAGUGGUGUUCAAUUUAAUGAGUUUGUUAUGCACCACACUCAUCCUGUGGACGGCAAUAAGUGUAUUUAGGUACAGGUACACAUAAAUACAGUUACAUAAAUUAUCAUACAUAGUAACAUGUGCAAAACAACGACAGGGGGAGUUGAAUGAUAGCUCUAGGCCUUUCGUGUUGCAAUCAGCACACCAGAAGCUUACAGUGUUGCAGAAAUGAGUAGGAGGUCCCAACAGAUUCGUUCAGAGGAACGUUCUUCCUAAGAAUGUUCCUCUGAACGAAUCUGAUGGGACUUACUAUUCAUUACUGCAACACUGCGAGCUCCUAAUGAUGUAAAAAGCCUAGAGCUGUCAUUCAAUUCUCCGUGUUUUUUUUUUUUUUAUACAGGGUUUGACAAGGUUAGAUUAAAGAUCCCUAGUUUUAUUGACAAGCUGUUUACAGGUUAAGGAUUCCUAACUUUAUUGACAAGCUAAGAGCUGUUACCUACAUCAGCUCAUCUGAAAGCAUUUUUAUUAUGAAACAUAUAAGUAGGGGACAGGAUGAAGUUGGAGCCAACUGUGGGCCAGAAUUUUUAUUUGAUCACCUGACUUUAUCUCGUUGACAUCAUAAUGCUGUACGAAUGUGUUCUAUACUCAGUCAUCCUGGGGAUAAAUGAUCUCAGAUGAAGUGAUGUUCUGGAGAAGGGUACAGCCAGAGUGAAGUUGCUGCUUGCUGCCCGUCUUGUGGUAAAGAAGCUUGCUUCACGCUGUCCUCGAAGUGGAUCCAAGUGUGGUACUUUGACAAUAUUAUUUUGCAUCUUGUAUCGCUUGUUCGCGAUUUUUGCGUGAUAAAUGGGCUUAAUUAUUUACAAACAUUAUCUCUCAGUCUACCGCAGGAUUCAAACCUACACACACUGCGUUUUUCAUGCAGAAUGUGCAGGUUCGAAUCCUGCUGUGGACUGAUAUAUAAUGAUGGUGACGUCAAUUUCCAUUGCAGUUCUUGUAAUAUCUUAUUGCUUAAACUUAUAAAGUUGAAACAGCUAAGUAGCUCAACUGUGUGAAAAUCAAUUACAAUAAAAGAAGAUAUACUAGGAAUGAGAUAAACUGAGUUAUUUGCAUUAAUGGGUGCAGGGACUAGACACCUAUUUGAUUUGAUUUGAUGUGUAAUGGUGGCUAAGUAAGUUAGUGGUAUUGAAAUACACCAUUUUGUUCUGAUUACAAUUGUUAGUUGGUAAUCUAGACAUGAAUUCAGUCACACAACAAUGCACUGUAGUUUACAUGUGGUUGUGAAUUAUAUUAUUUUAGCAGGGGAACAGAUGAAUUUAGACAAGAUUAAGUGCUUUACGAGUUAUUUACAAUAGGCAAAAUUAAAGUAUUUCAUUAUGAUAAAGCUUCAAUUGCUCCUUUUUUUUUGUAAUUUAUCAUCGUAGUCCCUCUAAUGUUGACUUAAAUUUACACUGGUGGUCCCUGCAGCGGCAGUGUAAACAAGGCUUUACUAGGUGUUAGUGGCUGAUCUUCUACAUUAAUGUCAGUAAGUUUAUUUAGGUGCGGGUACACAUGAAUAUAAUUAUCAUACCUAGUAACACAUGUGUAAAUUAUCCAGGAUGACCCAAAAAGAGUCAGAGUGACUCUUUUUUUUUCCAUUUGGAUUCCUGACUUAUUUCCAUUGGGAGUGUUCUUCCUAGUCCCUUCGUCUGCUGCUGUGACCACUGACCAGGUCUGAGUUUGUUAAAUAAGGCUGAUGACCUGGUAGAUUGAAGGUCGUUAAAUGACCUGCUGGUAGACUGAUGGUCGUUAAAUGACCUGCUGGUAGACUGAUGGUCGUUAAAUGACCUGCUGGUAGACUGAUGGUCGUUAAAUGACCUGCUGGUAGACUGAUGGUCAUUAAAUGACCUGCUGGUAGACUGAUGGUCGUUAAAUGACCUGCUGGUAGACCAAUGGUCGUUAAAUGACCUACUGGUAGACUGAUGGUCGUUAAAUGACCUACUGGUAGACUGAUGGUCGUUAAAUGACCCGCUAGUAGACUGAUGGUUGUUAAAUGACCUGCUGGUAGACUGAUGGUCAUUAAAUGACCUGGUAGACUGAUGGUCAUUAAAUAACCUGGUAGACUGAUGGUCGUUAAAUGACCUGCUGGUAGACCAAUGGUCGUUAAAUGACCUGCUGGUAGACCAAUGGUCGUUAAAUGACCCGCUGGUAGACUGAUGGUUGUUAAAUGACCUGGUAGACUGAUGGUCGUUAAAUGACCCACUGGUAGACUGAUGGUCGUUAAAUGACCUGCUGGUAGACUGAUGGUCGUUAAAUGACCUGCUGGUAGACCGAUGGUCAUUAAAUGUUCUGGUAGACCGAUGGUCGUUAAAUGUUCUGGUAGACCGAUGGUCGUUAAAUGUUCUGGUAGACCGAUGGUCGUUAAAUGAUCUGGUAGACCGAUGGUCAUUUAAUUGAUAGAUUGAUGGUUGUUAAUUGAAUAACCUGAUAGAUCAAUGGUCAUUAAUUGAAUAACAACCUGAUAGAUCAAUGGUCAUUAAUUGAAUAACCUGAUAGAUCCAUGGUUGUUAAGCCCAAUAAGGAAGGAUGGUUACUGUGCAGCCUUAAUAACCCUAGUGUAGUUGAUAGGCUUUAAACCCCAUUAAUCAACCAAUCAACCACAGCUCUAAAAACAAUAGUAAAUGAACUCUUUGUCCCACUAUACCAUUUUGCCACAGUAGUAAUAGUGAGUAUUUACUAGUGAGAAAGAAGCAAGAGCGAGGAGUGAGAGAUUAUCAUCAUCAGUAGUCAUGUGUAAGCAAUGCUACCGCUUCACACAUUAAGUGUCCAUGGUUCGAUCCCCAGCAAGGGUGGAAACAUUGGAUGUGUUUCCUUACACCUGUUGUCCUGGUCACCUAGCAAGCAAGUAGGUACCUGGGUGUUAGUCAACUGGUCUAUGGGUGGCAUCCUGGGGAAAAAGAUUAAGAACUCCAUAUGGAAGUAAGACAGCACUGCAUUUUUUGGGUUAUCCUGGGUGACUAACCCUCCAGGGUUAAAAAUCUGAACAAAAUCUUUUAUCUUAUCUCGUAAGCUGGGAAGAUGAGAAAUACCAUGAAACGGGGUUAAAGAGUAGUUUUGAAAAAUGGUUUAAAGAACUAACAAGUUGAAGAAUGAGACACUUGGGCAACAUUUUGAUAAUCUUUACUGAGGAAAUGUUUUGCCACACAAUAGCUUCAUCAGUCCAGUACAAUGAAGAAUGGUGAAAAUAGAAGAGUAGUUUGAGGUAAUCAGUCCCUCAGCUUGGAAUCAGUGUGUUCAAUCCAAGUGUCUCAUUCUUCAAAAAGUAGGUUAGACAGGUACAUGAGUGGGUGAGUUACACCUGUCAGCAAGUUUAUUUAGGUGCAAUUUUUGGAUGAUUACAGUUGUCUUGCAUAGUAACUUGUGUGUAAAUUUGGGUCCUUGAAACUUGCCUAGCAUAGUCCAGUAGGCCUGCUGCCAUGUUCCUUAAUUUUUGUGUUUUCAAUUUACUUCUGUUCAAAAUAUAUAUUUCAGAUAGUAGUAAUGGUAGUACAAGAUUUUAUUAUGAUUAUUAAUCUGGAGUGUUAGUAACUCAAAGCCAAGUGGUGUGGAUUAUUUCCCUUGCAGUCCUUUUAGCCUCUUACCCAGGAUGCAGCUCAUUAGCUGCCUGACACCCAAAUAUGUACCUACUUAUCGUUAGGUGUGAGAAAACAUGCCCAACAUUUCUUCCCAUGUCAGGGAUUGAAUCAUGAUCUCAUGUAUGUGAGCUGAAGCAGCUGUCAGCAAUCAGUUAACACCCAGGUACCUAAUUUCUGCUAGGUGGACAUUGAUAACAGGUGUAAGGAAACAUUUCUGCUCAUUUCAGGAUUGAGCCCAGUUCCUUCAGAUGUAAGCAGAAGGUACUAACACUUGAGACAUAAAUUUGUAAAUUUGUCCUAACGUUCUGAGGGUACAUAAAUAUUUCUGGCAGUCAACCAUAGUAUAUUAUAUAAAGUAACCUAGGAUAACCCAGUAAAGCCAUAUGUAAAUAGUACAGUGAAACCUCGAUUAAACAGACUAAUGGAGGAGAGGAGGGUGUCCAGUAAUGCCAGUUGUCAUUUAAAUUGAAAUGAUGAGAUUCUUUGUCCAUGGUCAUAAUAAUAAUGAACAAUUCUGGAUUCAACUUUUUUGUCCAUUAAUUUUAAACUCAAUUAAUUUUAAACCAUAACAGUAACAAACAAUUGUGAAUUUAACCCCUUGACUGUCGCAACCCCAAAUCCUGAGAUGUCUCCCGGUGUCACAAAAUUUCCCCCCAAAAAAAAAAAAUAUUUUUUCUUAUGAAAUGAUAGAGAAUCUUUUCCUGAUUGUAAUGAUGCCAAAAGAACGAAAUUUGAUGGAAAACUGACGGAAUUACGCUCUCGCGAAGUUAGCGACCUAAGCGAUAUUUAAGAAUCUGCGAUUUCGUCCAAUUUGAGCUCUAUUUUUGGCUAAUUCUAUUGUUCCAGUCGACCAAACUCAUAGCUAUUUCUUUAGAACUCCAUUUUUUUUCUAUCGAUUGAGUACAAGAAACUACUCAUUUACCAAUUUCAACUACCCAGUAACAUGGUCAGAAGUUUGCAAUUUGGCUAAUUUCACGAAAAAAAAAAAAAUGCCAAUUUCAAAAUAGGGUCCAGAAUGAACAAUGCAGACAUUCCUGGCUCUAAAAUAAUAUUUUCUUUGUUCAUCAGUCAUGUCUCCAGGCCCCUCUGAUAUUACUCUUGCUUUCUAUUUUGAAUUUUUAUUCAAACAAAAAAUAGAAGAUUUACUGCAAUAUUGUAAUAAUUGUAUAAAUAAUGCCAACCCAUUCAUGAGUGCAUAUUAGAAUGGCUACUUGGACAUUUAUUGGAAAAUGACAUCAUUUGUUUACUUUUGAACAUCGGCAAAAAUCAAACAUUUCCCCUACUUUGAGCUCCAUUUCAAGGUUCUUUUCAUAGUAAAACCAAUCAAAGUCACCUCUAUUUCUAUAAUAUGUUUUCCAUACUAUCAAAUGAGACCAAGAAAACGAGAAUACAACCAUAAAUAAUAUACGAAAAUAGACCACAAAGUCGGCAUUUUAAUUAAAAAAACUGUCGUAGUUUUUUUUUUUCUCAUUGUGCACUGCGUGCUGCAGGAUUUUUUUUUAUAUGGUGCACACUGACCACGCAGACCCAUUCUGUCACAUGUGGGCCUACCAGCUUUCUCCUGCUUGAUUUGAAGCCGCUAGAAUUUAUGAGUAUAUAUACAUAAAAAACGGUGGCUCGUAAGACGUAUAUAUACGACCGAAACAGUCAAAGGGUUAAGGAACUUUGUGUGUUUCCUGAGGAAGACCCUUAAAAGGACCACAAGGGAAAUAAACCACAUUGAGUGGCUUUUUGGAUUACCCUGGGGUACUCUCUCCAAGAUUAAUAAUCCAAAUAGUCUUCUUGUACUUCCCCUCACUAGCACUGUACUAACAUGAAUAGAGAAAGGUAACUAGUAUAUUAAUUUUCACAUUUAACCCACAAAUUGGAAAUAAAGUAAAUCUUUUUUCAACCUUUCAGUCCAUUCCAGGCCAUUAUCAAAUUGCUCACAUUUUGAUAAUGAUCCAUGGAAGACCAUAAGUCUAAAUAUUUAUCUCCCUUACGGGAGCUCUUUUUACAUAAGUGUUGGAGGAGUAUGAUCUUUGUUGUUGUUGUGGCUGUGCUAUGUAGGUUUCAUCUACCUCAGGGAACACUUGUCAUUCAAAGGCUAAACUAAGCAUUGCCCUCUUCAUUUGCCAUGUGCAGUAACUCAUGUAUUCCUUGUUUUUGCUUGCCUAGAGGUUGAGCCUACCCGUGAAGCUGUGGCCCUCUGACAGGCAACGUACUUCUUUGGUAUGAGAAUAGAAGUGAAACAGAAGGUUCGGUUCUGGUCCCACUAAAUUAAUUGAUUGUUCUUGCAUCACUCCACACUGUCUGUAAGACUCUGUAUUUGACUAGGGCUAUGUGAGCAUCAGAAGGUGGGGUAUCCUUUCUCUUCUGUGGCUGUGCCUUUCUAUUAUCACUAGCUUCUUUUUAGCAAAAUUGUAAAUCUUUCCUUGGUCUUGAUAGUGAAUGGGGAAUGGAGAACUGAAAUUUAAUUAUUAUUUUAUAAGUACAGUAUUAUUAAUGGUUUCUCUACACCAUCCCUGACUACAACUCUGGCUUCUCGUAACUUUGAGGCAGUGUGCAAGUCAUCCUUGUGAUACCCGAGAAUAUUCUUCUCAUUUUGCCAUUGAAACAACUAUGGCCUACUGCUGUUUCACAUCCUGUUCUUUAUACUGUAUUUCUUGACCACUACCUCACUAUAAUAGGAAAUUUCCACAUAACAUGUAUGGCCCACAAAUCUGAUCAGAAUUUCUCACACUUCAACCCAGUGAAACUUCAAAUAUGCUGUGGGAUUAUGAAGUCAGUCGGGAGAUUGUGACUGCAGCUGACCCUGGGGUCCCUUACCAUACGUAUCACAAUGGUGUGUGCACUGCAGGUUGAUGAUGUUAUGCAUAAUUAGAUGACAAGCCACUGUUCUUAGAUAUAUUCAGCUUAAUACAGUAUAUGCUAUGGACUUGUCAUCCUUUUUCAGUUGUCCAUUAUUGAGCAUUUCAUGUGUAUGCAGAUGAUAUUUUCUUGGAAUUGCAACUGCAAAGCUAUUCAUCCUCAAAGUACAGUAGACACUUUUGUCUAUUCUGCAUGAGGACACCUUAAAUACUCAAGCAGUGUUGCAAAGUUAACUUUUGAUGGCCGCUAGUGUAUUGAGCAGGUAACUCCUUAACAGCAACAGAGCUGUUACCUACUCCCCAGCAGUGCCAUCAGUGCUGGCUUUCUGGACACCCUGCUAAACAUUGUUAGCUGUAUAUAAAAUGCCCUGACUGCACCUCCCAUGCUCAUAAUGAACCUUGCCAACUGCGUACCCUUUACUGUCUGAAGUGUGCUAGGACUCAUUCUGCCUAUUUUUAUUCAUGUCCUGUAUUCCUUAAGGAAUGCAAGAUCUGCCUCCUAAAGGAAAAAUAGGGCAUGUCAUGUGGUCUGUCCAUAGAUCAUCUUCACAGAACUGCCCAGGAUUUCGUAGGUUCCUGUGGUUUUCCAACCUCCAUUUGAUUCAUACACUUCCCCUCUAUUUUUUAUACAUAAAUUUGAAGAGCUCUCCUCUGAAACUCAUCCCUCAUUUUCUGAUUCCAUGCAGCUUACAUAGUCUUUUUUUUGUUAUCAGGUGAUAGAGGUGGAAGUUCAUGCAGGACCACCACCACUUGCUGAGUCAGCUCCAGUUCUUAAAGCUUUUUCUUCCCUGCUUGCUUCCUCCCCCUCCUCAGUACAGCACAAUAUGUAUAUCCAUUCUGUACACUAACUCUUCUGAAAUUUCUGAUUCCUACCUGCUCACUUUGCAGUAAAUAUCCUACAUCCUCUUCAGCCCCUAUGGUGAAUGUAUUGAAGAUACAAGUCUCCUAUUACUUCCCCAGCAGUCAUCCCAGUUCUCCGUGUAGAGAGUCACCUCUUGCACUUUCCACAUCACCAUUUUUCCUCUUUGUAAUCUGUGAUAGAAGCCAUCACAGUUUCCAUAAAUAAUAUACUCACCUUUCUGUAGAUCCUGAUUGCUUCACUGACUCUGGAUGUCACCCAUGUAAUUUUAAGGCAUUAAACAGCAUGAGGAUUUACCCUGCCUAACAUAACCCUUAAACAUCACAUUCUAAUGGUUUUUGUAAGUCUACUCUACCUACUUCUAACUUCCCCCACCCUUAUGUUACCUCCUCACAGACAACUUAUCCUGUUAGCAAUCCACACACUGUAAGUCUUGAAUGACCACUUGCUACCCCCAGAGCUUGAUUUCAUUGAUCAUUCACUUGCAUAAAGUUUAGUCAACUUUUUUGUUUACUUAAGCUACAUAUCUAUUUUACAUUGGAAUAUUAGAGGUUAUGGAGGAAAUUGGAGAGAACUCCAGGUGCUUAUCUCCCACUUGUCUCUUGUAUACAUUUGCUUCCAAAGACUAAUUUUUUCCAGGGUAUUGGCUUUCCUAUCUCUGGCUAUAUUCUUUUACACUUCAUCCUUACCCUGUUAAAAGUGGUAUUCCUUCCACCUUAUCAUAUAACUCCCUUCAAUUCCUAGUGUCUUACUUCGAACCAAUACAUUUUUUUUUUUAGGUUUAAUAGUUACCCAAAAUGCAUUGCAUAAUUAGUGGCUUUCUUUUGUGCCUACCAAUGUAUUAUUUGAUGUGAAUGACAUUGUGUAUGGCAUAAAGAAAUAAACAUCAUCAUUAUUAUUAUUAUUAUUAUUAUUAUUAUUAUUAUUAUUAUUAUUAUUAUUAUUAUUAUUAUUAUUAUUAUUAUUAUUAUUAUUAUUAUUGUUGUUGUUUGAGGUGGAUCUCACUGAGACACUUGUGGUAACCUCUUGGAGUCAUUUCAUACCCCUUUACUUUUGUUUCUGAAAUACUGGAACCUUGUUCCCUCUCGUUGCCACAUCAUUCCCCAUUUCAUACUGUUUGGUUUCCCCUGUCCCUGUCUGACAAACUUUUAAAUUUCUUGGCUUCUACUUUGAUCAGAGGAUGUUUUGGAAAUUAUAUGUGACAGGCUUGAAAGCUCUCUCUCUUAGCAGACUGAAUGUACUUGAAAUUUUGUCAUGUUUUACCCGCGAGCCAGUAGGCAAGUUCUUCAUCUUCAUAUGACCUUGGUUCUAUCAGAACUUGAUUAGUGAUCAGACAUGUUUAUCUGCUUCAGCAGUGGUUGUUUCCAAGUUUGAUUACAUCCAUUAUCAAGGAUUAUGUCUGUGUCUUUCAUUCCCAUUAGAAAACCCCUAUAUAUAGUUUGCAAGACCAUUGUGGCACUCAUUUUCAGCAUUAUGUUGUUCACUUUUACAAUGUUUAUGGCCCUGCAACCUACAGAAUAAUGGGACGUUAAUGCUGACACUCAACCCUUCUUUAUCACUGCCUCUUAAUCUCUACCUUCAGACUCUAGUUGCUUUUAAUUUGCCUUCCAUUUCUAUUCACCCUGUUUAUUUUUUUUUUCCAAUCCACCUUGGGAGAUACCAAUAAUUAGAGCAUGUACCUCCUUCCUUCACUUUCCAGAGUAUUGUACAUCUGCUGUGAACAAGUGCUCCCUCCUCCUUGGGCCUUUUCAAUUACUCUUUCAUGCUACUGUUGUGUACACUGCAGUUUUUUUGAAUACUAUCAUCCCUAUUAUGCAAAUCGUUUUGCGCAGAUUCAUUAUGAGAGUUCUUUUUCCAUUCGUAAUUCCAUAUAUGCAAUUUAUGGCCACCAUAUGCAAUACGUAUGGUUUGCUGGUUUGCUAAACUCACUUAUUGUGUGUUAAGUGUUUAUAGCCAAACUGAGCUUAAUGCAGAUGCUAGAGGCCUGGAACAUAUCUUCAGCAUAAAAAGAGGGAAAUUAUUUCCCAGUAAAAGUAGGCCUUAGACAAGGAUGUGUGAUGUCACCGUGGUUGUUUAAUAUAUUUAUAGAUGGGGUUGUAAGAGAAGUAAAUGCGAGGGUCUUGGCAAGAGGCAUGGAGUUAAAAGAUAAAGAAUCACACAUAAAGUGGGAGUUGUCACAGUUGCUCUUUGCUGAUGACACUGUGCUCUUGGGAGAUUCUGAAGAGAAGUUGCAGAGAUUGGUGGAUGAAUUUGGUAGGGUGUGCAAAAGAAGAAAAUUAAAGGUGAAUACAGGAAAGAGUAAGGUUAUGAGGAUAACAAAAAGAUUAGGUGAUGAAAGAUUGGAUAUCAGAUUGGAGGGAGAGAGUAUGGAGGAGGUGAAUGUAUUCAGAUAUUUGGGAGUGGACGUGUCAGCGGAUGGGUCUAUGAAAGAUGAGGUGAAUCAUAGAAUUGAUGAGGGGAAAAGGGUGAGUGGUGCACUUAGGAGUCUGUGGAGACAAAGAACUUUGUCCUUGGAGGCAAAGAGGGGAGUGUAUGAGAGUAUAGUUUUACCAACGCUCUUAUAUGGGUGUGAAGCAUGGGUGAUGAAUGUUGCAGCGAGGAGAAGGCUGGAGGCAGUGGAGAUGUCAUGUCUGAGGGCAAUGUGUGGUGUGAAUAUAAUGCAGAGAAUUCGUAGUUUGGAAGUUAGGAGGAGGUGUGGGAUUACCAAAACUGUUGUCCAGAGGGCUGAGGAAGGGUUGUUGAGGUGGUUCGGACAUGUAGAGAGAAUGGAGCGAAACAGAAUGACUUCAAGAGUGUAUCAGUCUGUAGUGGAAGGAAGGCUGGGUAGGGGUCGGCCUAGGAAAGGUUGGAGGGAGGGGGUAAAGGAGGUUUUGUGUGCGAGGGGCUUGGACUUCCAGCAGGCAUGCGUGAGCGUGUUUGAUAGGAGUGAAUGGAGACAAAUGGUUUUUAAUACUUGACGUGCUGUUGGAGUGUGAGCAAAGUAACAUUUAUGAAGGGGUUCAGGGAAACCGGCAGGCCGGACUUGAGUCCUGGAGAUGGGAAGUACAGUGCCUGCACUCUGAAGGAGGGGUGUUAAUGUUACAGUUUAAAAACUGUAGUGUAAAGCACCCUUCUGGCAAGACAGUGAUGGAGUGAAUGAUGGUGAAAGUUUUUCUUUUUCGGGCCACCCUGCCUUGGUGGGAAUCGGCCAGUGUGAUAAUAAUAAAAAAAUAAAAAAAGAGGGACACCUUUAAUGAGAUGCAGGAGCAUUUACCAGAUGUGGCUAGUAUUUUUUGCAGUAGAGUUGUGUGUUUCCUGUAGCCAUCAACUUCAUUGUGACUCUUCCCACUUUUUCCUUUGCUAUCUCUGACUGUGUAUGUUACAAGCUUUUCAGAACUUUGGCCCCUCACAUCUCAUAGUCCUUUGCAUACAAGAUUGGCUGUGUCACCUUUUCAGCAUGCCUAGAGAUAUCUUUUGCUGGAUCCCUGGUCUUUAUGGUGUUCAGUGCAAUGAAUUUGCAGACUCCUCUGCAUGUUCCACAGUUCAGGAACUAUCUUUUGCAGGGAUCUACCGCAUUCAAGCUAUUUUCCAGUUUUCUUUCAGCAUUUAGGAUUGAUGGCAGAGUCAUUGGUCUGCAUUAAAAACCAAGUUGAGUUCAUAGUCAACUUCUUUUCAGUACCAUUCUGUUUGGAAAACAGUUUUAACAUGAACUACAUACAGCCUCUCCUCACUUAACGAUGGAGUUCUGUUCCUAAGACCAUGUUGGUAAAAGAAUUUGUUGCUAAAUGAGGAGCAUACUAAAAUGGUAGUGAGUUUAUGUCAGCCAUCUUUGAUAUUGUUUUAAUGUCACAUUUGCACCAUUUAUAACAUUUCUGGUAUAUUUUUAAAUGUUUAUACAAUAGUGUACUGUAUAUUGUAAUAAGCAGAAUAGAGGAAAUCAGCGUUAAUAUACAUUAUUUAGGUAUGCAUACUGAUCAGAGAACCCAUCGUAAGUCCAAGUUGUCGGUAAUUGAAUAUGUCCCUAAGUGAGGAGAGGCUGUAUUGGCCACAUGAGACACUCGUACAGCAGUUUUACCAAUUCUCAAGAAGCAAGAAUCUAUUUCUGGUUUCUGUUUCAAUGCCUGGUUGCCCUUACUUUGCUUGCUCAGCUUUCAGAAACCUUCCUUCAGCACUGACUUUUUGACUGAAACUGAUUUAUGCAAACUUUGACUUUGUAGCCUCUCCUCACUUAGUGACAUACUUGUUUACCAACGCCUCAGACUUAUGACGGGCUCUCUGACCAGUAUUCAUAUCUAAAUACUAAUGUAUAUUAGAGCUGACUUCCUCUAUUCUGCUUUUUUCAAUAUACAGUACACUACUGUAUGAACAUUUAAAAAUAUACCAGAAAUGUUAUAAAUGGUGCAAAGGUGACAUUAAAACAAUAUCAAAGAUGGAUGACACAAACUCACUACCAUUAUAGUAUGCUCCUCACUUAGCGACGAAUUUGUUUAAUGACGUGGUCUUAGGAACGGAUCUCUGUCAUUAAGUGAGGAGAGGCUGUACUUGUUAGCUUUACACUACUUCUCUUUGCCAAUAGCUUCCCUCAAGCUUGCAGUGCCAUAUGACCCAUUUGGGUUUGGCACUUUUUUUGUUAGUAUUCAGUAAUAAUACUAUUCAUGAUAAUUAAAAUGUGUCACUUUAAAGGAGGGGGCCUUGAUACCAGUGAAGGGCUCCUAAUCCUAAUAAAUAAUAAUACCCACUUUGAUGAAAUCUCUUUUCCUUCCAUUACCCAAGUGCUGUAUGACCCCUAUGGGUUUAGCACUUCCCCUGAAUAUAAUAAUAUGGCAUUAUUGUCUCCAGUUUGUGCUUUAGCUGGGAAUUGUUCUGGGCAUGUUAUUGUGAUGUAUAUUUUUUAUGUGCUCUUGCCAUUCAUGAUCAUAUAAAAUGCAAAUUCAUUUUCAGUCUCAAAAUACAGUACUAUUCAUCUUACAUUAUGUGUUAAUGAUUAACUUUAAGACAUUCAGAAUUGUUAGAGUAUUUUAAAUUAUGAUUUUUAGUAGAUUUGGGAUGAAUCUAUUUGUAGAUGAAGUAAGUUCUCUUAUGAAGCUCCUAUACCUAGUGCAGUUUUUUGUAUAUGCAUUGGAAAAAGUGCAUCCAAAAUUGAAUAGUGCAUAAAUAGACCUUCAUGGUACGGUACGUACUAUUCAGUUUUGUGUGCACGUUUUCAGUUACACUGGCAGAAAACUGAAAUAUAUAUAGAAUAGCUAUAUAAGAGCUUACAGUAAUUACAAGCUUAAUUAGCAGUAGUACCACCACACCAUAGUAGAUUAAAAAAAAACCAGAAUCACAUCAAUAAGUUUUCUUUAAGGUCAUACAGUGUAAGCGAACACAGAUGGAAAAAGUAUAAAUUAACAUUAAAAUUCUUUAAUGUGAAAAGGAUCAUUAAGUGAUUAAAAUAUAUUAAAAAGUAUGUAUGAUUUCAGUUAAAUAAGGACAAAACUAUUUUUUUUAAGAGAAUAGCAUUAUAAUAAAUUGUAAGGUUGAGCAAUAAGUUUUAGUAGACCUAUACUAAGAGGGAUCACUAUCAACCCAGUAGUCUGGGGGUUGGGGGGGGCUGUAGGCUUACACUGAAAAGGGAUGCUAGCAACCCGAUUAACCAUAGGGUGGUAAAUAGGCCUACAUUGUUAGUCAGAUAAUAAGUAGGCCAGCACUUAGAGGGAACAUUAGCAACCAAGAUGGGAAGUAGCCUACACUGAGAGGGAACAUUAGCAACCAGGUUAACCCAAGAUGGGAAGCACCUGCACUGAGAGGGAAUAUUAGUAACCCAAAUGACCAGUGAGGGAUAAAUAGGCCUACAGAAAGAGGGAACAUUAGCAACCCAUAAGAAUCACAGCACUCAUACAAAUGUUUGGGAUCAAUUCUGUUUAAAAUAUUUUCCUGUCUACACUAGCUCUCAGUAGAGAUUGUGAACCUAGAAAGUACAUUGAAUAUUAGUAUACACAGUAUAUUCUACAUAAGCUGCACUUGUAGUUAGCAUGUAGACAUGUAUGCAUGCUAGGCACACAUAUAUAUACCAUCUUCAAAGAUAUAUGUAUAUAUAAUUACUAUUAAAUAUGGACAAAUCUAGUCAAAAUAUCUAUGAGCUCUUAAGUGAAAAUGUUGAACAUUAAACACCACUCUAGAUCAUUAUUUUUAUUGACAUACAGUAUAGCAAGUGGUAAAGUCAUAAUAUAUAUUUUUUAGAAAGUAUAGUUUUUGGUUCAUUUGUGUAGAGUAAAAAUACUUUAGGUCAGUCUUAUUAUUUCAUUGUUUUAUGUAAAUAUCUAUUCAAUUAAAACUGAAUGUUUUCAUAAAUUUUGGUUUUAUUUCGGCUCUGUACUUCCUGUAGUAAGUUAUUCAAGUGCAGAGAGGAGAUAAAAAUGCAUAUAACUGAAUUAUUGUUUAAAUUUCUCAGAUUAUUUCAUGACUGUAUGUAAGUGUAUAUACAGUAAAAAAAAACGAAUGUUCUUACAAAUUAAGACACUUAAAAUUGUAUUAAUAUAAAUUUGAGAGGUUAGAUAAUUUAUAUUAACAUUUUAUGUAGCCUCCUGAGGCAUGUCUUUUGUUAUUCCACUGCCUCACAUAGGUUGCUUAUAUUCCUCAAGAUCAACACAUCCUCAAAACAUCCCAUCAACCAUGAACAUUGUUCUCCAACACUUUACAGGAUUUACAAUGUAUAAACUAAAUUACGUACACUGAAGAAUUCCUAACUGCCAAAUAUUAUAUGUAAAUGUAUGAAUUUUCUUGUACAUUUAUUUAAUAGUGUAUUAUAGUGCAAAGAUACUUGUACUGUACUAGAGGGUGAAACACGUUGUUCACUUGUAUACACCACUUGAAGUUUUUGAAUGAAUUCCUGCUCAUCUGUGAAGUGGUUUGUUAUAUUCUUUAUUGCUACAUUAAAAUAAUAGAAUUGACAAUACAGAGGAAAAUAUACCAUAGCAAUAAGUAGCUAUGUGUAAUCCUUUGUUGAACUUUACUUAAAAUGGAAGAAACUGUGAAAAGAAAAUGUAUGGUCACGUCUUGGUAAAAUUGUAGUAUGUAUGUGACCUGACCAGCAGCAGUGUUCCAAAGUUCCCAACUGCCGGAAUGUUCUUUGUUUUGGUGUCUUGUAUACUGAUAAUGAUUCUUAAGGUUGUGAUAAUAUAUGUGGCAUCAUCAACCAAACCAUAUGAUUGAUAGUUGCUGCCAUGUACUGUAAUAAAGUACUUUGCUGUCUAUGUAAUUUGAAGUGGAAAAAUCUUAGUGUCGGUACUUAUUAAUUAAUGUGUGUAUUUUCAAAUAAGAUAUUUUACGAGGGUGACAUAUCACUGGAAAUAGGAUAUAUUUUGUGACUAUUUUUGUAUAUAGUAUCUCCUCAAUUUGUAUAGUAAUUUACUGUAGUGUUUUGAAGAUGUAGCCUAUAUUUCAGGUAUAGUGUUUUCUAAUAAGUGUAAGUAAUAGUGUUACUAUAGAAUUAAUGUAUAUUUUCAGCAAUUCCUUUAUUUUAUACAAUCACUAAUCUAGAUCCAUCCUUGUUAUUUAUGUAGAACAGUAAGCCCCAUUUUUUAUCUUUUAAAAAUUAGAGUAUAAACCACUAAUGUUGACUGAUGGCCUCUGUUGAGACAAGGAGUCGUGCAUUAACCAGUCACCGUACACCAUAUAUUUACCUGUGUCUGUAAGGUGUCAUUUGUGUGCCACCAAGUGAAAUUAGGUGUGUGGUUUGACUGUUUAAGAUAUAUACUUGUAUGUAAUAAUUAAUAUUUAUAAUUAUCCUUAAAUUCUCUAGAUAUAUUUGUGUGCAAGUAUACCAAUCAAGGUUCUGUAGUAAGAGAAAGUUUUCAUAGUUAUUAAAUACUCAUGAGCAAGUAUUUUGAAGCUUCCACCUUCUUUUCUGCAAAAUUUGACAUGAAAUAUUUAUGUACCUGGGAUGGUGUUUAUGCAAGGCUCAAUCAUAUACACUAAUAAAAACAGUGACAACUGUAAUGAUUGAGAAGACACUGGAAAUACACAACACAUCACUCUUGAAGCAAAAAAAAAAUUCGUAAGUUAGGAAUGGUCACUGGUAUCACUAGGUUCAACUAAAUGUAAUCUCAAGACACUGCUCAUUAUGUUUAAUCUUAUACAGGAAGGCCCCUCUUAUACAGCAGGCUAGGUCCCAGGCUACUGCUGUAAAGCAAAAAAAAUCACUGUAACGUUAAUCAUAGCCUUUUUCACUUUCAAAUGCAUGUAAAAGCCUGAUAACACGUUUACACUAUCAUAGUAAGUGAGCAAUACAGCUAGGUCUUAAAAAUUCACGCACAGUACACACACUACUUUUUUAAAGUAUUUUUGUCUUUAGCUUAUAGUGAGUGGUGAAUAUAUUUAUUGUAGGAAGUCUGAAUAAAUGAAGAAUGGGUAUAAUUGAAAACU